AUGAAACAGAGUGCAGUCUGCAAGAGUCUGAAAUCUGAAAACAUGCCUCAGGCUGAGGAUCAAAUUCAAGGCUGGAGUCGCACUACAGACCACAGGGAUCAAAGCUCCACCACAAAUAGAACUGUGGCAGACAAAAAGGGCCCAGGCUCCGCGUCAGAGCAUGAUUCCACCGCACAUGAUGAAGAAUGGCUCAAAAUACCGCUCAGAUAUAGACACCAGUGGAUCUGUUACAUGGGCUCCCGGUGUGGGGGUGUGGAGGGGGUGAGGGGGGGUCUGCUAACCUGCCUGGCAACCGUCAAAGCGGCUCGUUACGCGGACACGAGCCCCCAGAGCCCCCGGUGA